GGACAGUGGGCAAAAAGGACCUUUGAGGUACCACUGACCAUAGGUUUCCAGAAAGGAAAUGCCCGUGGACGCACCCCUCCGAAAUAAGAAGCCCAACGCGUACGCAGCUGUGGCUGUGGAUCCAGAGACUGGUUACUGCACCCCGGGAGCGUUUGAACUGGAGAGACUUUUCUGGCAUGGGGCGGCCAAAUAUGCCCACGUCAACGAAGUCUGGCCCAAUCUCUACAUCGGAGACGAGAAAACCGCUCUGGACCGAUACAGCCUGGAGAAAAAUGGAUUCACGCACAUUCUGAAUGCCGCGCAUGGACGUUGGAAUGUAGACACGGGCGCAGAAUACUACAGCGACAUUACGGUGGAGUACUAUGGGGUGGAGGCCGAGGAUCUCCCGAGAUUCGACCUCAGCCAGUACUUUUACCCUGCAGCUCAAUUCAUUCACACGGCGCUGAACAAUCCUGACAGUAAAGUGCUUGUACACUGUGCCAUGGGCCGCAGCCGAUCCGCAUCCCUCGUGCUGGCCUACUUGAUGAUCUACAAGGACAUGACCGUAGUUGAUGCGAUCGCGCAGGUCCUGAAGCAUCGCUGCAUCUUGCCAAACCGGGGGUUCCUCAAGCAGUUGAGGGAGCUGGAUAUUCAGUUGGCCUUGGAGAGACGGGCUGCCCGGGCACAGGCCAACGGGACGGAGAAACAGGAGUGAUGGCCAACCAAAGAAUUAACAGGCGAAGGAAGCCUAGAGACGGAAGAUGGACUCCACACAGUAGGUUCACGUGGAGAUACCUCAUCUACAUGAGGACCAUGCUUCUCCUCUGGAUCAAGCUAGUCCAACAAGUUACAUCUGUGGUCCGGGUUCCUGCCAGAUAGUGACAUUUCCACUCUCCAUCUUACUUUUGCCAAGACAUAGAUUUUUAGUUUAUAGCAACGCGGACCUACUUGGUGAUGGACAACGUAGACCAUAACUGUGUUUUGGGGUCUUCUCCUUGACUUGGACACAGAACUUGGUGAAUAUAGAGUGGAUGGGUCUUACUUAAUCACUGCCCUUCCACCCUUCCUCAUAAAACCUUCACAGGAGAACAUUACCAACAUUUGUUUUUGUAAUGAUGUCAUCAGAAAACAUAAACCACUCAUUGAUCAAAAGGUGGGAUAAUGGAGAAAAAUGGCUAAUUUCAAAACGAUUACCAUUCAUUAGAUAAAUGCGUACAAUUAUUUUUACCCCAAUUUUGCACUACUUAUUAUUUUCUCUCGUGGAUCCUUCAUUAUGUCGCCCAAACCAAGGAUCAACGGCAUCGGUUUUUGUAUCUGUAUCACGUUUGAGUCUUAGAACAUGAUGUAACCAGUUUAAAAAGUCAUGGAAACUUGUUCGAUGUAUGUGAUUAGAGACUUUCAGGAAAUUUAAUAAAUUGUUUUC